AUUUUAGUUCGUUUUCAGAUAUCGUUGCAGCUGGUUUUGUACCGGACGUUAAGACCAUUUCCGUUCUUGUAUAUGGGAAUAAUAGAUUUAUGUGGGAGAGAUAAAUGCUGCUUUGAAAUGUUCGCUUCGUUUGAAAUUAAUUUCCUGCAAAAAGGCAGCAGCAGAAUCAUCAAAAAAUCAACGUAAUUAUCUAAACAAUAAAAUGAAUUUCACUUUGGCAUCCAAAUUCUUCGAGGGCCGCCCAUCGAAAAUAACACCAUAUGUAUGUAUGCAUGUUCGUUGAUUCUGAUGAAUCUAUAGCACCAAAAACCUCAACAACGAAUGAUAUUAUACAGAGAGUAACUAAAAAGUAAUCAUAUACAAAUUACCAUAAAGGAAUCAUGCAAAAGUAAAAGAGAAUAGUGAUAACAGUGUUAGUGCUAGUGCACGCUCGUGUCUCCUUCCGACAACGAAGCAUAAGUUCGUAUGUAUGUAAAUAUGUAUGUACAUAUGAAUGGAUGUAAAGAAAGUAACCCGUUGAAAAAGAAAAUUUCUAAAUCCAGUGUGGAAGCUUUAACCGAUAAAUGUGAGGGAAUCAAAAAAUUCCAAACGAAGUAACGCUGUGCUUGAAACAAGGCGAAUACUUGUACCAACUGCCAAUAGCUAAAGGCAAACCGGAUCGGACCGGACCGGAUAUGUGUGAAGUGUAAACAGGGAAUUGCGACAAAAUAAUGCUAACGCCUUUUUAUACAACAUAUGUACAUAUUUCAGUUUAAAUUAUUUUUCGAAAGUGAGAAAUAAGUGUGCUGUUGUGAUUUAGAAAAUGUGUGCAAAAAUGUCUAGUGAAGAAGGUUUGUAUGUAUGUACAUAUGUAUGUAUGUAUGUGUUGAAACCGACUAACAGUUAAAAUCAACGAAAUUCAUUACAUAGCAGACGCGUAAAUGAAAUAACACUAAGAACGGAAUAAGAUCAAUAAGCACAGAAAAAAUGUCCUUUUAUACAUAGUUCCCAAAGCUAAGAGUGUCGGUGUACACAUAGUGAUAGUGGUAGAGAGAGCUUUAUCGCAAAAGUUUCUCGGUUUCACAUAAAACGAGCUCGCAUUCCAGAUUUUCUUUACAUUUCAAAUCGUUCUCCUUUACUGAUUCCUUUAUUUCAUUUUCCGCCCACGAAGGGUGGCUUCGUAUGCCCUCCUAACACUUUAACCCGCGAGAAAUAAUAUAUGUACAUAUAGACAUAUACUUAUACAAGUGGUUGUGCGUGUGCGUUAGCAGCACCCGAAAAAGAAUCGAAAUGCAAAAUAUCUACGUAAAGCAUUCAAGGAACGUAAUAGAACUCAACGAACUUCUUCACUAACCUUUCCGGUGCCUUUAGUACACCGCUGCAACCAUAUUUCGUCUACAUAAUAUGUACAUAACAUCAGUAGUGAUUCUCUUUCGCAGAAGCCAGAUAGGCGAAGAUAAAUUCGCGCAGUAAACGAAUAUGGUGGAAAACUAAAUACCUACAUACAUUCACAGCAAAAGCUAACAGUAUACAAACACUCGAAAGUAUAAAGGAAUACCAACAAAAUAAUAGAACAUUAAGGUGCUCUCAGUACAUUGGAAUGAUGCAGUUGUGUCUGAAAAGGUAGCUCAUCAACCACGCACCAUAAAAUGAGGCUGCUUCUACAACGAAAUGCAUUUAAUAUUGAUAAUAAAACCGUUAAAUACGAGAACAAUAAAUACAAUCUUUAAAAUAAGACAACCCGUUAAAAACAACAAAUCUAACAAAGCAACUUCCACCUCGAACCUUGGUACUCACUAACUAACAAACAUAUUGAGUAUUAAAAGUAUUUUUCCUCGCAUCAAUUGGCUGAAAAAUCAUUCAAAAUUACGAGCUACCACCCACCCACACCAAAAGUCAAACAAAACCCGGCCAACAUGGACUCCGGUUCAUGGCCGGGUUUUGACGAUGAACCACCACCAGAGCCCAGAGACGGUUGGCUACUGGUACGCGUCCAUGUACCCGAACUGAACGUCUACAAAUGCCUACAAUUUCCAUCAGACCGUUUAGUUUGGGAUGUGAAGCAACAGGUGCUGUCGUCUCUGCCAAAGGUGGCCUUUUGGUUUAAGGAACUAAAAGAGAGUUUCAACUAUGGACUCUUUUGCCCUCCUUCGAAUGGGAAGGCAGGCAAAUUUCUCGAUGAAGAGCGCCGGCUAGGUGACUAUCCCUUCAACGGUCCUGUCGGCUACUUAGAGUUGAAGUACAAGAGACGAGUUUACAAAAUGCUAAACUUGGACGAAAGGCAGUUAAAAGCUUUGCACACUCGCGCCAACUUACGACGGUUUCUGGAGUGCAUCAAUGCAGGUCAUGUGGAAAAGAUAGCAAAAAUGUGUGCCAAGGGAUUAGAUCCGAAUUUCCAUUGUCCAGAAAGUGGUGAAACCCCAUUAACAGUUGCGACUGGAGCUAAAAAACCAAACAAAUUACUAAUAGCAUUGGUGAACGGUGGUGCUUUGCUGGAUUAUCGCACAAAAGACGGCACUACAGCUCUCCAUAGAGCCGUUGAAAAGGACUCUCUCGAGGCAGUAACGACAUUAUUGGAAUUGGGUGCGUCACCUAACUACAAGGACGGACGUGGCAUAACACCUUUAUAUGUAUCGAUAGCUCGAAAAUGUGAUCCAAAAGUAACAGAGAACUUACUACACGAUCACGCGACAUUGGGUAUACAAGAUACACAAGGUUGGAAUGAAGUACAUCAGGCCUGUCGCCAUGGUCUGGUACAACAUUUGGAACAUUUAUUGUUUUAUGGUGCUGACAUGGAUGGUCGUAACGCUUCCGGUAACACACCAUUGCAUGUAUGCGCUGUUAACAACCAAGAGGCUUGUGCUAAAAUGCUUCUGUUUCGUGGUGCACAACGUGCCGCCCUCAAUUAUGCCAAUCAAACUCCCUAUCAGGUGGCUGUAAUCGCAGGAAAUAUGGAACUUGCGGAAAUAAUACAAAAUUAUAAGCCUGAUGAUGUUGUUCUCUUUCGUGGACCACCACGCUAUAAUCCAAAACGUCGGUCGACGGUCGGUUGGCCAAGUGGCAGCUGCGCAGGCAGUUGUGCAGGUAGCCUUAUGGGCACUUUGUCACGUAACGGUACAUGUGGCCAACACGGACCGCCGUCGCCAUGUCCAUCCGAACAUAUCCCAUACAGCUCCGCUAGUUCAAGCCUUUCAGAAGGAUCAUCAGGACAUCGUUCACACGAGGAUGACAUCAGCAUUGUAACAGAUAAAUCACUUGGUGACACCAGCGACAUAAUUAGCGACUCAUCUGGUGUCGGCACAAAUUCGGACUCGGCUGCGUGUUCCAUUGGUCAUCCAAGUACGACGGUCGUAUGUAUGGAGCCAUAUCCCGGCAACACUACAGGGCACAUUUCAUUGCAACCAGGCGAUGUUAUCGAAGUGGUCGGAUCUACCGAUUGUGGGCUUUUGGAAGGAUAUAUACGGGGAUCCAAUCAAUCAGGUUUCUUUCCAGCCGACUGUGUACAAGAAGUUAACUUGCGCCAAAAGAAUAUUACAAAUGUAUCCCUAGCGGCUAUACCGGUUAUAAGUGGCAGUAGUAACACUAGUAGCCAGUCACCAUAUUCACAGCACACAUCGAUGGAUGGUUCCAUUAGUGGCUCAGCGAAUAAACAGAGUUCACCUCAGCUAAGCAUGCCAAGUGUUAGAAUGGCUGCGCAUACUGCAAAUAGUGGUGGCACGCUGCCACGCUCAAGUAUUCCACCUACCCACGUCCAUCACUCGCCUUCUGUGUCACUAAAUAGCAAUGGUUCUGGCUCGGCGAUGAAUGGCGGGAACGCUGAUACGGAAAGUAUUAAAAGCAUAGGCAUGGUAAUGAGUAAAGAUAUUGCAAACGGGGGCAGUGGAGCCUACAACGCCCCACAAUUAAUCGGUCAAUACAACAGUGCCACAGCUCCAAGAAUGAAGAAAUCGGGUUUCAAUGAUCCGCGCACGGUAGUACUACAUCGAGCUAAGCGUGGUUUUGGUUUCAUACUGCGUGGUGCAAAAGCUUCGUCCCCGCUCAUGCAAUUAAAGCCAACAGAUCGCUUUCCUGCCUUACAGUACUUAGACGACGUAGAUCCCGGUGGUGUAGCAGAUAUGGCAGGCUUGCGUCCAGGAGACUUUCUUCUUGCCAUCGGAGGCGAAGAUGUUCGAGCCGCUUCCCAUGAAAAGGUCGUCGAAAUGAUACGAUCUGCUGGGGCGCUUGUCUCAAUGACUGUUAUUUCCCCGCAAUUUCCCAAUCAAAUGCAAGCUUCAGCACAAUUCUUGCCCAGUAGUCACCCAUUAUCUAGCGGACCAAGCACACCCCAAACCUCCCAUCGUCAAUGCGCAACUUUGCCGCGCAAAAUGUCUAUGGGGCCCGGUAGUGCCGCGACUGCCAGUAUUGGUACUGGUAGCGGUCGAAUGCCUGCUCCACUACCACCACGCCGAGAUCCAAAAACCACACUGAGCGUUGGACGGGCAAGAGCAAAAUCUAUGGUGGCUGGUCUGGAAAGUGGUGGCGAAAAAGAUGACGACGACUUGCCACACACCAAAUCCUCAUCAGUGGAGUCUAUUGUAACACCCACACCCACUCAUCCUGGUACACCGGUACAAUUACGUACAGCUAGCAUCAAAGCUAGGCCAACAUCUAGCCGCAUAACCGCCGCCGAACUAGAGGAGCUCUUCCAGCGUCAGCAGGGCGAAGCAAUUGAUGGCUCGAAUCGCUACUCCACUAUGAUGACUACGUCCCGCUUUCAAUCUGGAACAGAUAGUGGUGCAGCUACACCACCGGCCUGCACCAAUUCACCGAUGAAAGCGCCACUUGUCUACGGUAGCGUUGCAGAAAUGAAACGCAAAACAAAAACUAAAAACGGUACUUUGCGUGGGAAACCGUGCCCAAUUCCAAUUGUGGGAGGAACUGGUGCUCGUGAUCUGAAGCGUUUCCACUCAACUCCGGACCUAAACGCACACUUAAAUGGUUCUGCAUCAUCAAUUUGGGCCGCGGCGAGCAAGGGACACCAUUCGCAAGAUGAUGUCGCCACUCUGCACGCUUCUAUGCAGCGUCUUAAUAUGCUACCGCCACCGACACACCCCCCACCACCGCCGCCUGUUGGUCAAGUGAUUAAAGUAGAGACUCGCAGCACAUCUGAAUAUGAAUCCACUCUAUCGUUACAGCAGAAGCUAAAGAAACGAGCUGAAAGUGAUGUGGUCACUGCUGCUGCCAUCGAUGGAGUUCAAUCGAGUUUCAACCCCUCUGCUAAUGCCAAAAUUUAUGCCUCACCCCAAGAACUACGCAAUGUCAUGGCUUGGAAACUACGACAAGCGCAGGAGAGUCGCCAAAGUCAAAGUAGUCAGCCGCAUCAGCAACAACAGCAGCAGCAACUGCAGCAGCCACUAAACUUGAAUAUACCGACAACACCUAUAACACAGUCAACAAUAAAUCACCCUACAAAAGCCCAAAAGCAAAUUUCUAGUAGUCAGUAUGCCCAACCUACCAUAAGUCAAGUGGUUCAGCAACAGAAGCAGGAGCAGAAGAAGGAGCAACAGCCACAACAAACGCUAUAUGAUGAGAGCCAACGAAAUGGCAACACUGAAGUCAGCAGUUCGAACAAUAAUAAUAUAACAACGGGAUCCGCUCCUCCUAUACCAGAGCCAGAUUACAGUUUCAGUGAAUCAGACGGUGAAGAUGAAAACUCCAUUUUAGUCGCUCGAAAUACUAAAUUAAACGAAAAAAUCGCACUUAUCGAGGUACCCGAGACGAGUGGAAAUAGUCAAGCGAGUUCUGGUUCAGCCUCCAUCUCUCACUCUCUGUCCGUGGAUGAAAUCCAGCGCGUCCGCAGCAAUUUGAAACAGUCAAAGUCUUCGCCAAACGGUUUCCUUAAAAACGAAAGUGGUCAAAGGUUCGAGUCGGCAAAUACAGUACAGAGUAAGCCUACUCAAAGCAGUGCUGAAGAUCAGAAAAAUAACAAUAAAGACAGCGCUAAUCAGGCUAACGAGGUAAACGAGGAAGAAGGUGACAAGAGUUCCUCAAGUGUUAGCAGUGACCAAGAAGUUGCAGGCGGAACGUCCAAGCGGGACACUCCCAAAUCCACAGAUACAAUUAAGAAAAAGCCCAGCGUCACAAUUGACGACGAACCUAAGACAACACCUAAUCCAGCCAAAGAGCCGCAAAACACUACAACGCAAUCGAAUGUCGUUGAAGAAAGCGUGGUUGACAGUGCGGAUUCUCCUGCGAGUUUUUCACGAACCAUAACCAAUGCCACAGCAGAAGACUCGAAACCAGUUACUGCAUCUACUUCAACAACACCAAGUGGAACGCUACAGGACACUUCAGCAGUAGUGAUUUCUGACACCGAGAAAAUUCCCACAUCUACCGUUGCCAGUACAGCUGCUGCGUUUGAGGCCAAAGCAACAGCCACCACAGUAACUGUUAAACAAAUGGUACAACAGCAACACGCCCCUGUAAUACAACAGCAACAACAGCAAAUGUCAGCAACGAAAGUUAAGUCCUUAGUUAUCCAAAGCCAACAGAUAAGUAGCAGCAAAGUUCAUGCCAAUGCAAGCGGCCGUUUAUCACAGCCACAUUCCAAUCAUACAAAGCAACAGCAAACAGCGAAAAUUCUACCCGUAAAUAUACCACAACAGCACUUGCAUCCGAAUCAGAAAUUGCUCGCUACCCAACAGCACAUAUUUUUACAGCAGCAGCAACAACAACAUCAUCAACAACAGCAGCAGCAACAGCAACUGCAUCAACAGCAGCUAGCGCAUCAGCAGCACUUGCAGCAAAUAUUGAAGGCGAAAGCAGCCGCUGCUGGCGUUGCAGGUGCAAACACAGCCGCCAUAGUCACCAAGCAGCAACAGCAACUGCAUAAAAAAUCCCAGCAUGAAAUGACGUCUGCCGUCUUCGAAUCUGAACAUGAACAGCGGUCUGAAGACGAAGGCGAUUUAAGUCCCUCGCCACCGGCCAAAGCAUUCCAGCGCCACAAUUCCUUGACUCGAAAACAGGCAGCAGCCAUUGCUAUGCAGCGCGCCACCCGAAGCGCAGCCGUCUCUCUAAUGCAGCUGCCGCCCCCAAUCGAGGCGGACAGUGAUAAUGAGCCGUGCGUAACCGCCGGCAGCGGCGGGGGUAAUAACGCCGUGUUGAGCGCCGCUGUGCAAGGCAGCGGUGGGCACGCGGGUGGUGUGGUGCCCAUAGGCGCCGAAAACAUUGUGCUAGCGCCGCCUCCACAAUUCUGCGAUUGCAAUGACAUCAAGCACGCCCCACAACAGCAGCUUCAUCACAUGCCACCAGCGCAGCAACACCUCCAACAACAACAACCGCAACAACACAUGCAUUUACAGCAGCAACAGCAAUAUCAGCUGCAGGUGCGCGCGCACAUGCAAAUGCAUGGAAGCGGUGGUGGUGGCGGUGGAGGUGGAGGCGGCACGGCUGCUAUGAACGUAGUUCCGGGUAAUGUCGGAACUCUGGGACGCGUGCGCCUCGUAGGGACGGCUCCUAAAACCACACACCACCGAUUUCAUUGAGGGAAAUUAUUUAGAUAUAAAAUAUGUUUCUAAGUAUAUGUAUGUCUAUGGCAUGUGAAAGAAGAGCAAAGUAAUCUCCAGUGCUAAAACCCUCUACAUAUGUAUGUAUACAAUACAGUAUAACAUUUUAAUUAAGCUCUACUAAAUACAUAUGAAUUUAUUGCAGUUUUUGAAAUGCUCUGUCAACUUCUUAAAUGCGGCAACUUAUUUUUUAUUUCUGAACAAUUUGUAAACUUUGAGUAUCCUUGCCGAAUAAGUAUCACCCUCGUUGCGAGAGUCGUGUAGAAUCGAAUCACGUCAUUGCCUAAAAUAUCCACUCGACUAGUGUAUUAAAACCAAAAAACUUGGUAGCAUUGUAUAGUUUUCGACGAUUUUGGUCGUUUACUUAUUUCAGUAUGACAGUAGACAAAGCCACUGUCUACGAGUCGUACAAUUUAGCCUUAUUUACGACUUACGCAAUGAGGCUGUAUGUGUUGGAAAAUUAAUAUAAAUUAAAACAUCAAAAAAAAAAAAUUCCAAACAAAUAUAUAAUUAAUAACAACGGAAGAUAAGGCACAAGACCAAUAGGUGCAGGCAGCAGGUCAUUCUUAUAAAAUAAUAAAAAGCUUACAUAAAAGUUGAAAUUGUGUAAUGUGUAUAGUGAGUUAUGAAGCUGAUAUUAAAUGGAAAAACAUGUUACGAGAACCAUAUACAUACUAAAUAAAACCAAAAGUAUUUACAUACAUAAAUUCCCAUGGAAAGCGCCGUAUACCAUGGCACCUAAAUAUAA